GCAGAAUGCAGCCUCCAAUGAAGAGUUAUUCCUGGCUGCCACUCCUGGCCCUUGUCCUCUUGGGUGUUAGCCUGGCCAGGACAGCGCCGCGGCAGGCCAGUAGCUAUGUGGUUCCCCUGGCCCUUUGGAAGGAGUUGGCCAGUCGAUUCGACUUCCCAGAGCCGGAGGAGAAGCUCCCCCAGGAGAUCCCCGAGCCACGCGCUCUCUACGUGAAUCUCGAGGAUCCCCAGGAUGGCCGGCAGGACUUGCAGCAGGUACUCCUGCUGACCAGUGGGUUGACCCCCGCCCAGAUUGCCCAGCGAAGCCAGAAUGCGCAGGGUGAGGGCAGAUUCCUGGGACGCGGCACCACAGUGGUGGUGAUCACUGGCUCUGGAUCGGGUGGUGUGAGCAACAACAACACCAACAACAUAGUGACGAACGCCACGGCUGUGCCGGCCUCGACGGCCGCAACGGGCACCCGAACCUCGGAGUUCAUCCGGGCACCCCUGGGCUACCAGUACCCCAUGCAGUACUUCCGGAAGCGGCAGGACGACGCCUCCUCGCCGGCCCUCUCCUAUCCGGACCUCUUCGGCUGGAACGAGGCGGCCCUCUACGGCGGCGAUGGUCUGGGUCAAAGCUAUGCAGGAUUGGGAGGCCUCAAUGGCGGCUACAGUCUGCCGGCCGGCGGAGUGCCCCUCGUGCCCAUCACCAUUGGCAACGAGGUGCGCUACGUGCCCAUGAACCUGCGCAUGUUCCGCCAGCUGGCCAGUGGUCCAGCUCCAAGCAUCAGGGAGCAGGAGGAUCGGAUGGAGGAGGACGACAUGGCCGGGUUCGAACUGGAGGGCACUGGGCAGGAAGUGGCCGACGAGGAGAGCGAGGUCACCCCCAGUGGCCACUCGGCGGGCGGAUCACCAGGUUUCGGCCUGCUCGGCCAGCGACUCAGACAACGUCCAGUGGUCAGGAGACGCCCCCUGCAGUCCCUCGCCCAGAACAUCCGCCGGGUGCAGUACCUCAGGAACUGA